UAAUAUUAUUUUUCUUUCUUUAAUAAUUUCUGGAACCAAAUGUAACCUAAAUCAAAGAAAAUUUGUGAAGUUUUUUGGCAACAUAAUGCACAUAGCACAUAAGAAUCUCCUCUGUUAAGCUUAGCAUAGGUUUAUAAUUCGUAUCAGCUAGUCUAAACCAAUCUUUUCCCAGAAAAUUUUUAAAAGAAAAAGAAAAAGAAAAAGGAAAAUAUGGUCUUGAUCAACAUUAAUUUUGUCAUAAGCCUGUUUCAAUCCAUCUCCAUUUUUCAUGGCUUCUAGCAUAUUGGUGAUAUUUAUGCUGGUUCAUAUAUUAAAGGAGAUGGGAGUUAGAGCCAUGAAGAAACAAUAUAGAGUACUGUAGAGAGGCUGAAAGGAGGAAAAAAUCAUAGGUAGAAUCCAUUAAAGAAGACAUUUCUCCAUGGAAUAAACUUCAAUGGCUACCCAGCUUUGCACUGAAAAAAACGCAGGAAUAGAACUUCUGUAGAAGAUCUCCUGUUAAUGGUCUGAACUGUCAUAGUCAUGAAAUGAAAUGGGGACGGGGGACACAUGACAACAACUAGCACAACAAGACCGGAACAAAACAAAAGAAAUGAAAGGAUGUGUGCACGGACCCGACCGAACUUGGGGGCGAAGUUUGUAAAGCUCCCUUUCAUAAUCAAACUUGGCUAUGAAGUAAGUAUGUUAUAAAGUACACUUAAAGUUGCAUUGUGAAUUUCGGAUAGAAAAUAGAGAGAAAAGAAAGGUUUCUCACGCGGAUCUUAAGCUACAGAAUCAAGAAGUGGGAUCCACUUGCUAUGCCCAUUUCCAAGCUUCUUCCAAAGUGACUAGUCCGACAACUUUCUAUAUAUAUAUAUAUAUAUAGACCCGCAUAUGGGAGAGGGACGUAGUGCCUCUAUACUAAUUCUAAUGUUGUUUUGGAUAUUCCAUUGAUAGUUUUAUUCAGUUCUACCGUUGAGUCUUCUUCCCUUCAUUAUCAUCAUCAUCAUCCUAGUAAUCAUAGUAGUAGUUUUUGUUUAUUUCAUUCCCAAUUAAGCAUGUCAGUAGGAGAUAUGAUAGCCACGAUUUUGGAAACUUUACCAGUGGGAUUCAGAUUUUAUCCCACUGAUGAAGAACUGGUUGAUAACCAUUUGAAGUUGAAGAUACUGGGCAUGGAGUCCCCGGUAGACAUCAUCCCUGAGGUUGAUAUUUGCAAAUGGGAGCCGUGGGAAUUACCAGUUUUUUCAUUGAUAAAAACAGAUGAUCCAGAGUGGUUCUUCUUCAGUCUUCUUGAUUACAAGUAUUCAAAUGGCAGUCGUUCCAACAGGGCAACAAGUGCUGGCUACUGGAAACCCACCGGUCAGGAUCGUGACAUCUUCUCUGGCACCAACAAAGAGGUGAUUGGUACCAAGAAAACUUUGGUUUUCUAUAGAGGCCGUGGUCGUGGUGCCAUCAGGACCAACUGGGUUAUCCACGAGUAUCGUGCAAAUAUUGCCGGCCUUCCUGCCAAUAGGGCCUAUGUUCUGUGUCGCUUAAAGAGAAAAACAGAUGAGAAUACAGGUUCUGAUAUUCCAAUCCCUGAUGAGGCUGUUGCAGGUGCACUUUCUCCAGAAAUUAACUUUAAUGGUUUGUUAUCUGAACUGCCUAUCCUUCAUGAAACUUGGCUGAUGAAUAUGGAAGUUGACAAUUCAUUUACAGGUAGUGGGAUUCUUCAGAAUGGCCUAGCCAACAACAUGACCUUAGGUGCUGGGCCGAGCCACUAUGCUAGCAAUAUUGCUUCUAAUACUCGAAAUUAUCAAGUAGAGGAUAUGACUUUAGAAGAGGAUCCUCAGAUACAAGGUUUAUUUAGCGAAACCACUUUUAUUCCACUGGAUUCUGAUUUUUUCUCUGACACAGUGCAAGGACCUCACUUGGAUCUCCCAUUUUCCAAUGGCUUUAACAAUGUCUGUGGAAGGACGCCAUUUCAGGAUGACACCACUGAACAGGAUGACGAUGUUACUUGGUUCUUGAAUACUCUUAUUGUCGAUCAGGAUGAACACCCUUUUGGAGAAUUAGCCAGUCAGAGGAGCCCAGGUGUUGAUAGUGGGAACCUGAGACAUGGUUCUAUUGGCAAGCUAUCAGCCCGCCCACAGAGCGCAUUAAAGGGAGUAUAUGGUAAGAGUGGUGGAUCAAGGGACACUGAAGUGGCCCAAGUUCAGUAUAGUCAAUUGCUGCAAGCUUCAAGCUUGACUAGUGGGCUCAGUCCAAAGGAAUGUGUGCAGUCACCAAUGGAUCGACCCACUUCACGGUUAUCCAGCAUUAACCAGCACAGAAGGGAAAACAAGAGUCUUCUUCAUGAUGAGUCCAGGAGAUUUGAUGCUCCCUCCAUUGAGAGAUUAGACAACUUUGUAGCACAGCGGGUUGCUCCAAAGAGUCUCAAAUUGACAGGGAAUGCCUCAAAUAAUGAGACACUCAUAGCCAAGUUAACCAAAUUGAGCUGCAGCAUGACAAAACCAGAAGAAAAGUCAGUCUCUAUUAAGGCCGACGACAGGACAGAACAUUGUUCUGCUAUUGAUCUGUUUCAAUACAAAAACCCCAUCAGAGAGUCUAAGAAAGACUGCAUAGUUAUUGAAAAAGCAAAUCCAAAGCUGAGUUCAAUAAGGAAUUGGCCAGUCACUAGCAAUCAAAAGGGUUCCUUCAAUUCCCUAGAGACAGUUUCUGCAAGCCAUGAACCAAGUUCCUCACCAGGGCUAUCUCAUACUAUUGUUGGUGGUUCUGAUUGCACUCAUGGUGUUAGACAUCAAUGCACAGGUUUCAAAGCCUUUGCAGUGAGAUGAUAUUAUCACAUUUCACAGCCUUUGCAGUGAAGAAGCAUCAAUGAAGAGAAGCAUGUGUGUUUUCUUAGUUGCAUGGUGAUAUCUUAAACUCAAGGCUCUACAAGGAUUGUACUUAAAAAGUUGGUCAUGUUAGUAAAUGCUUUAUAUGAGGCGAGAAUUACAUUUUAUGGAUGUAUCUAUGUAUGUUGUAUUGGGGAUAUUUCUACGUUACAAGCAGUCUGGAUAGUAGAUGUGACAUUGGUGAAGACUCAAGAGAAGCCAGUGGGCUCUGGAGUAUGAGGAUAUCUUAAACUCUAAGGUUGCAAGGAUACUACUUAAAUAGUUGGCCAUAGUUUGUAGAUGCAAUAUAUAUGUUUGUUGUACUAGAGAUAUAUGGGUGUUACAGGGGCAUUCUUGAUUGUAGAUGAAUGGAAUGUGUUCAUUGUAAGGAAGAACAAUGCAGGUGGCUAUCCUUCUUUUACAGGUUUUUCCCUGAUGGCUUAAAUUCAGGGAGCUUUCUGACAUACCAACCUUUGCAAAUCUCCAAAGUAAGGAAGAAAAGCUCAUGAAUAAACCCUCUUUUCUGAUCA